AUGAGCACUGCUGAGAUAAUUGGUUCUACAAAUCUCAUAAUUCUGCUAGAGGAUGAAAUCUUUGCUGAUUUUUUCAACACAUUUCUUUCUCUCCCGGUUUUUGGUCAGACACCGUUUUACACAGUUGACAAUGCACAGUGGAGCCUGUGGCCAGAAAUACCUCAUGAUUUGACUGCAAAGUACAAAGGAUUACUGACCUGGUUGGAAAAAUAUCGGUUACCUUUCUUCUGUAAAACCAACUUGUGUCUCCAUUACAUUCUCUAUCAGGAGCUCAUCAGUUUCGUUAAUUCCCCAGAAGGAGGUGAAGAGCUGCUGGAUUUCUGGAUCCUCACUGAGGAGAUCCUGAGCAUAGAUGAGAUGAAUCUGGAAUUAAGGGACCACUACCUGUCCCUCCUCCUUGUGCUGAAGGCCACGCAUCUCCAGGAGGGGUCCCGGGUGGUCGCUCUCUGCAACAUGAACAUCAAGGCCCUCCUGAACCUUUCCAUCUGGCAUCCCAACCAGUCAACCACCAGGAGGGAGAUCCUGAGCCACAUGCAAAAAAUGGCUUUGUUCAAACUCCAGAGCUAUUGGCUCCCCAACUUCUACACCCACGCCAAGACCAUCAUCGCUAAGGAGGAGUCAUGCCAGGGUCUGAUGCAGGAAUAUGAUACCCGCAUAUGCAGUAUUUGCUAUACUCACGGAGGAGGGCUCCCUCUAAGCAUGAGCAUCAAGAAGUGCUACCACCCCCUGAAGCGGUACUCAAGCAGGAAGACCAAAAGGAAGAUGUGGCAGUUGAUAGAUCAUGCCUCUUGGUCUCUAGAAUUGGACACCAAGACAGACACCAACACUACUCUCCCCCAGGAGGUAUGUCCUCAGGAGAAGGUUAUACAGAUGCCCUCUCUGAAUGAGGCCUCUUCAAAGGAGAGAAUAAUCAGUUCCCCAGAAAAGGAUAUUCUCUGUGACAGGAAGUCCAACGUGAAGAAGGCCAAGAGCCACCUCCACAUAGAAGACAUCUUUGAGACAAAGUUCUCUACCCACCUGAGGACGGCCACCCCCUUCAUCAGUCACUUCUCCCAGAUGACAAUGAAGAAGGCUGCCAGGCAAAGCCUCUCCAUGGACUACACCCACUGGGCCUUGUGUGCUGACACCUGUGCAGGGCACCCCUUCAGGGACUACCUGAAGAGGCUGAACUUGAAGGUGGAGGUCCAACUCCUGGACCUCUGGCAGGACCUGCACCAUUUCCUCAGUGUCCUGAUGAAUAACAAGAAGACUGGAAAUGCCGUCAUUCAGCACAUGCUGGGCACCCGGAUCUGUGAGCUCUACCUGAAUGAGCAGAUUGGUCCACGCCUACCGCUCAGACCCCAAACCACCGAAGGUCUGAAGGAGCUGCUGCCUUUUGGGGAUAUGAGCCCCUGGAUUCCCAGAGCCCAGAAGGAGAUCUGCCAGAUGCUCAGCCCUUGGUAUGAUGAGUUUCUGGAUGAAGAGGACCACUGGUUUCUCAUUUUUUCAACUCAGACCAAGUUCAUCAACACCAGGUGGCAUAAAAGAGACUCUAUAAGCAAAAAAGAGAAUUAUCUCCUUUAUAAGAGGUUUGAGGAAUCCCUGGCACUAAGCCAGGGUUUGGCUAAUAUGGAAGAAAUGGAUUCGAUGCAGUGGCAAAAGAUAGCUACCGAGGACCUAAGACAAGGCGGGUCUCUCCGAGUGGAACUGAAAUCUCCGGUGUUUCUGACAGACAUAGAAAAAAUGACCUUUGAGGAACUCUGCUGUAAGUAUCCGAAGGUGGCCAUCGAGAAGAUCAGCAAUGACUACAAAAUAUAUUGUGAAAAAGCACCUAAGAUAGAUUUUACAGUGAAAAUCUUCAGAGAACCAAGGGUGCAAUCACCCCCAACUAGGAAAAUGUCCCUUAAAAGAACUGCUGUGAGGAAGCCUUCGAUACGACCCAGAAACUUGGCAGAAGUCAUCCUAAAUACACAGCACUUGGAGUUCUUCAAGGAGUUCCUCAAAGAACGGAAAGCUGAUAGCCCAUUGCAAUUCCUGAUAGCCUUACAGCAGAUUGGCACGGAGACAAAUGAUAAGAUUUACAAGUCUCUCUUUGAAAAUAUAAUCAAGACUUUUUUCCAUGGCAGAGUCCCCCCUGAAGAAAUGCUGCAGUGCAAUAAUCCCCUCAUCAAAGAAAUCCGUCACAUGAGUCAUGUCAGCACAACCUCCUUACUUAUUCUCCAGAGCUGUGUCAUGAAAUCUCUGGAGGAAAAGUGGUUUAAGGAUUACCAAGAGCUGUUCCCACCUUUUUCUCAGGAGGUGCAACCUGAAGUACAAACUGUGCGUAGGAAGCCCUCAAAGAUGCCCACGACGUACCUACAGGAAUCCCAGAAGAGAUGCUGGCUGAAAAUGAUCGGCUUUAUCAGGAGCUUUUGCAAGUAUCGCAGAUUUAUGUCUGAUAUCAAUAAGCGCCAGGAAUUUGAAGAAUAUCUUCGCCUGGAAGUACAGAACCACAAGGAAAAUUACUCUGCAUCACCAAACGUAUCAGGACGCCCAACCCCAUGCCACUCAAAUGUCCGGGGUGCAGACCAGGAGAAUGGAGAUAUAAUCCUUGCAAAGCGACGUGUAUUUGGCCAUAGGGUUGUCAUUGUCAACUUUGCAAUCAAUGAUAUAUAUUUCUUUUCUGAAAUGGAGAAAUUUAACAAUUUAGUGAGUUCAGCUCAUGUGCUUGCAGUCAACCGGGCCUACAAUGAGAAUGAUGUGAUCCUAAUGAAAUCCAAACUUAACAUCAUCCUAAAGUUGUACCUGCAGUCAGAAGUCCCUCCGAAGCUGAGGGUGAACAUCUCUGAGUCCCAGAAGGACUCCAUCAUUGGUGCCAUCACAGAAGGCCACUUGGACCGGAACAUCUUCCACGGGGCGAUCAUGUCUCUCUUCCCCCUCAUCAUGUACUUCUGGAAAAGGUUUUGUAGCUGGAAGGCAAACCACUCUUACUUCCAGUACAGGGGGAAGAAGUUCAAGGACAGAAAAUCUUCUCCUAAACUGGUAUACAAGUACCCUCCUGGCAGUGGAGGAGACCAUGCCAUCUUAAGAUUCUCCUUGCUCAAAGGUAUUGAAUGGUUAUGGCCUCAACAGCGGGAUGUAGUAGCAAGUUCAGUCCAGAAUUGUGUGCUGUAUGAUCCUUACUAA